AUGACAUGCAUAUCACUGAUAAAGCAAAGCCACACCCUUUUGUCCCUUAAAACUGUCCAUGCCUCUAUCCUCAGAACCCAUCUUCACCUCAAUCUCUUCCUCUGCACCAACCUCAUUGCCCACUAUGCCUCUUUGGGCUCAACCUCUCACGCCUAUACCCUCUUCUCUGCCUUCUCUUCAUCCUCAUCCUCCUCUGACGUUUUUCUUUGGAAUGUGAUGAUUAGAGGCUUUGUUGACAAUGGCCUAUAUCACAAAGCCAUUGCUCUGUACAGUAAGAUGUGGGAAUUGGGUACUCAACCCGAUCACUUUACAUUCCCUUUUGUGCUUAAGGCUUGUGGGUACGUUUGUGACGAUAGAUUGGGUGUAAAGCUUCACGGGGAUGUGAUUCAAUGUGGUUGUGCAUCGGAUUUGUUUGUGGGUAAUUCACUUAUUGGCUUGUAUGGAAAAUUUGGGCAGGUUGAGACUGCAAGAAAGGUGUUCGAUAAAAUGCCCGACAGGAAUGUGGUUUCUUGGAGUUCGAUGAUUGGUGCGUACUCGCAAAUUGGGUGUUUCAAUCAUGGGUGGUUUUUGUUUGCAAUGAUGUUGAAUGAGAGUAUUAGACCCAACAGGGCUGCCAUUUUGAAUGUGAUGGCGUGUGUUUCUAGAGAGAAUCAGGCUGAUGAGGUUUGUGGAGUUGUGGCAGCUAAUGGACUUGAUUUGGACCGUUCAGUUCAAAAUGCUGCCAUGCAAAUGUACGCACGGUGCAGAAGAAUUGAUGUUGCUCGGGGCUUCUUUGAUAGAAUCAGUGAUAAGGACUUGGUGUCUUGGGCAUCCAUGAUUGAAGCUUACGUGCAAGUUGAUUUGCCUCUUGAAGCCUUGGAGCUCUUUAAAGAGAUGAGAGUGCAAGGGAUGCUCCCUGAUUUGGUGGCACUUCUGAGCGUGAUUCGCGCUUGUUCAAAUUUAGCAUCGUUUCGGCAAGCACGCUUAAUUCAUGGACAUGCUAUUCGUUGCUUUUUCAAGAACCACAUUGCGCUUGAAACUUCUAUAGUUGAUUUAUAUGUAAAAUGUGGAAGCUUGGUAUAUGCUAGAAGGGUUUUUGAUGAGAUGCGAGAAAGAAAUAUAAUCUCAUGGAGCACCAUGAUUGCAGGAUAUGGGAUGCACGGUCAUGGAAGAGAAGCUGUUAACCUAUUUAAUCAGAUGAAGGCUCUAACAAAACCAGACCACAUUGCAUUCCUAUCAGUGCUGUCAGCCUGCAGUCAUGGUGGGUUGAUUGCCGAAGGAUGGGACUGCUUUAAUUCCAUGAGUAGGGAUUUUCAUGUAACACCAAGACCAGAACACUAUGCAUGUAUGGUUGAUCUUUUGGGUCGAUCUGGUAGACUGAAAGAAGCGUUUGAGUUCAUUGAAAGAAUGCCAGUAAGGCCAGAUGCUGGUGUUUGGGGAUCACUGCUUGGGGCAUGUAGAAUUUAUUCAAAUAUAGAACUUGCUAAAAUUGCUGCAAGACAAUUAUUUGAGUUGGAUGGGGAAAACCCCGGUCGAUAUGUUCUCAUGUCCAAUAUUUAUGCAUCUUCUGGAAAACAGAAAGAUGCUGAUAAGAUUAGAGAUUUGAUGAAACAAAGAGGGGUGAGGAAAGUAGCUGGUCACACCAGCAUAGAGAUAAAAAACAAGGUCUAUACAUUUGUGGCUGGAGAUAAGUCGCAUACUCAAACUGAUUUAAUCUAUUCAGAGUUGGAGAAAGUGAUAAAUAGGAUUCGACAAGAAGGGUACAAGCCAGAUUUGAACUUUGCAUUGCAUGAUGUGGAGGAAGAGAUGAAGGAGAAAAUGUUGUAUGCGCAUAGUGAGAAGCUUGCGAUAGUUUUUGGACUGUUGAAAUCAGGACCAGAAAGUGUUAUUAGAAUAAAGAAGAAUCUGAGAGUUUGUGGGGAUUGCCAUACAGCUUCCAAGUUGAUCUCUAAGGUUACAGGAAGGGAAAUUGUAAUGAGAGAUGCCCACAGAUUCCACCAUUUCAAGGGUGGUGCAUGUUCUUGUGGGGAUUAUUGGUGA